AUGAGCAGGUUUUCCAGAUUGCAAAGAGAAAGUUCUGAAAUUUAUCCUGGGUCGGAAAGCGAUGGCUACAAAUCAAAGAAUCUUGUCACAGAAAGGAACAGGAGGACCAGGAUUAAAACUGGUCUAUUUUCUCUGAGUGCCCGGGUCCCCAAGAUAUCCAAGAUGGAUAAAGCUGCUAUUCUUGGAGAUGCAAUAGAUUAUAUCAGCGAAUUGCUAAAGGAUGUGAAAAACCUCCGGGAUGAGAUCAAGAAUGCUGAAGAAGAGGAAUGCAGAGCGAGCAACAUGGAGCUAAAGACUUCAAAACUGGAGACAUGUCAAAAAGGCUGCAUGUCUUCCACUAAGGUAAACCAGGAUCCCUCUGGUUUUGUAAAAAAGGAAAGGACAGAGGUUCAAUUAGAAGUGGACCAGAUUGGCAAAAGACAUUUCCUGCUGAAGUUCCUUUGUGAAAAGAAGCGUGGAGGAUUUGGGAGGUUGAUGGAAACUAUCCAUUCUUUGGGGCUUCAAAUCCAUGAUGCCAAUAUUACUACAUUUAAUGGCAAGUUUCUGAACAUUCUCAAGAUCGAAUCCUGA